AUGGCCACGGCAGCUGUCGUGGGUGUUACCACCGGGGUGAUGAAGCCCCUCCUGUCCAAGCUCACCAAGCUGCUGGAAGAAGUGUACGUCAAGCUCAAAGGCGUGCGCAAGCAGAUCAAGUUUCUGAGAGAUGAGCUGAGCGCCAUGAGUGCAACGCUCGAGAUGCUCGCAGAUGCAGAGGAGCUCAACCCUCAAACGAGAAAAUGGAGGGACAAGUUACGUGAGCUGGCCUAUGACUUGGAAGAUUGCAUUGAUGCCUUCAUGGUUCGUGUUGACCAUGAGCAUGAUGGACAUUCGGGCUUCAUCAAGAGGUUCUUCCGCAAGUUGAAGAAACUGAAACCACGUCAUGAGAUCGCCAAUCAGAUCCAAGAACUCAAGGCAUCUAUUAUAGAGGCAAGCAAGAGGCACAAGAGGUACCAGUUAGUCGAUAUCUCUUCCAACUCUAGAAGUACUUGUUCUCUUGAUCCUCGGUUAUCCGCGCUGUAUGUGGAGAUAGAUAAGCUUGUCGGCAUUGACGGUCCUAAGAAGUAUAUCAUUGAGUGGUUAACCAAGGAAACCAAGAAGGCGGAUUCAUCAGAACUUAAAGUGCUCUCUAUUGUUGGUUGUGGAGGUCUUGGUAAGACUACUCUUGCAAACCAAGUCUAUAAAGAUGUUAAAAGCCAAUUUUCAUGUGCAGCUUUCGUCUCGGUCUCUCGAACUCCUGAUGUCAGAAAAGUAUUAAGAGGCAUUGCAAAAGGAGUUGGUAUUACCAUUACCAGUAAUAUGCUGGAUGAUGAUGAGAAGGAACUCAUUGAUAAACUCAGGGAACACCUUCAGGAUAAAAGGUACCUCAUUGUAAUUGAUGAUGUAUGGGAUGCAAAACCAUGGGAGACCAUCAAGCUUGCAUUAAUGAAUAACAAUUGUGGUAGCAGAGUAAUCACUACAACACGUAGCAAUGACGUUGCAUCAUACUUGUCUUCCCAAGGCGGUAAUGUUUAUCAAAUGAAAUCUCUCAGGUUUGAGGACUCCAAGAGGUUGCUUUUUAAAAGAGCAUUUGGUUCUGAAAACUUAUGCUAUACUCAUUUGGGUACUGCUCCGGAUGAGAUAUUAAGAAAAUGUGAUGGUUUACCAUUAGCAAUCAUCACUAUAUCUAGCAUGUUAGCUGAUCAGCACGCAAAAGGUGAAUGGGACAGUGUACUAAAUGAUAUUGGUUCUUCUCUUGCUAAGAAUCCUGGUGCUGAGAAUAUGACGGCCAUAUUAUCUAUGAGUUACUUUGAUAUUCCUCACCAUCUAAGAACUUGUUUGUUGUACUUGAGUGUGUACCCAGAAGAUUAUAAGAUUGAGAAACAAUGUUUGAUCAAUAGGUGGAUUGCAGAAGGGUUCAUUCAGAAGGAAAAAGGUCAAAAUGAAUAUGAAAUUGGUGAGCGUUACUUCAAUGAUCUGAUCAACAGAAGCAUGAUCCAACCUGUUAGAGUAAAGUAUGGUCAGGUGAAGGCAUGUCAAGUGCAUGACAUCAUCCUUGACUACAUCAAAUGCAAGGCCGCUGAAGAGAAUUUUGUAACUUCAUUACAUGCUGCAGAGCCUGUAUAUACAUCAGAAUACAAGGUUCGUAGGCUUUGUGUGAGCAACGACAAUGAAGAAAAUGUUACUUUAUGGGCAGACCAGAUCUUGUCUCAUGUUCGGUCAGUUACUAUAUUUGGAGAGCCUGUGAAAAUCUCUUUGUUGCCUUCCACUCCUCUUCGUGUGUUGGACCUAAGAGAACACUAUGGCAUGCAAAACUAUCAUCUUGCAAGUAUUGGGAAGUUGUUUAAUCUUAAGUACUUGCGUCUCUGCUCAUGUUUCAUAACUGGGCUCCCUGAGACUGUUGGUGAACUACAUCAUCUACAGACAUUGGAUGUGCAAGGCACUCGUAUUAAAGAACUACCACGAACUAUCACGGAACUUCAACAACUGACUCGUUUAUAUGUUGAUUGGUAUACUAGAUUUCCAGAGGGAACAAUAGGAAAGAUGCACAGCUUGGAAGAGCUGAGCUGGUAUGGAGUCCAAUCCUACGGGCAAGCGAAGUCCAUACAAGAAUUCAGCAAACUCACCAAGCUGAGGACACUAAAAAUUAGAUGCGAUGUUUAUACACCAAAUUUUUGGGACUCAGAAGGAAGAAGCCAAGCCGAGCGCGUUCACAGUUAUGUUGGAAAUUUAUUAUCUUCAUGCAACCUGCAUCAUCUUAUAUAUAGGGUGCCAAAUUGGAUGGGAUCCUUGGAGAGGGGGUACAUCCUGAUGAAGUACCCGCUGCCGCUACAUUCAUGGCAUCCUGCAGCUUCCUGUAGCAUCCGCAAGCUCUGCAUUAAAACAAUUCCCAUCUAUAGGGUGCCAAAUUGGAUGGGCUCACUUGGAAAUCUCGGUGUGCUAGAACUGGAGGUCAUGUGUGUGCGACCAGAAGAUGUUGAGAUCCUUGGAGAAAUACCCAGUUUGCUUUUUCUCAACCUAGACACUUGGGGGGGCACUAGCGGAAGGAUCGUCUUCCCUGGCAACAGCGGAUUCAGAAGUCUGAAACAAUUCUCCCUGUGUAUCAAGUUUUGUGGGACCUCCCUGGAGUUUGAAGCGGGAUCAAUGCCAAAGCUUGAGCACGUGAAGCUUGAGUUCAAUGCGCAUGAGAUGGAGUGCCUGAACGGUGCUUCUAGUUUGGGCAUCCAGCACCUCUCGUCUCUCAACAGGGCUGAGAUAGAAAUUGGUAGCGACUGGCAUGAGUAUGACGUGGACUACAACCCAGUGGAAGAUGAUCAUGAUGACACUGCCCGAUGUAUUUCAAGAGCCAUUAAUGCUGCCAUCGAGACACUUCCCAACCGUCCCACUGCCAGCUUCAAAAUACGAGAAGUUGACUGCAAACAUUUCGAAUCUUUUUUGUGGGAGUGGAAUCAAUAUCACGAUGGGUUAUUCAAUGAGUGGCUCAAACUUUGGCAAAUUAGAGAAGAGCCGGCGAACCAACCUACUGAUGGAGAGACUGAACUAGAGGACGCGUCAGAUGAAGAAAAGGAAGAGAAGCAGACUGAUGAAGAGGAAGAGGAGCAGACAUAUGACGACGAAGACGACUUUGAAGAGUAUCAGACUGAUGAGGAGGAAGAGGCCGAUGAAAAGGAAGCAGGGCAGCAAAUGAACAGUGGUGUAGCAUUCAGCUAG